AUGAAGAUCAAGUCCUUAACCAGGCCCGCGGCGCCUCCGGGCGACAGCGCUCUUCGACAACCUCGAAACCUGGACCCUGCCCACCAUCCUUUCGAACGUGCCAGAGAAUACACACGGGCACUCAAUGCAGUCAAGAUGGAGCGAAUGUUCGCUGCGCCUUUUGUAGGACAGCUAGGUCAGGGUCACGUGGAUGGAGUUUAUUCCAUGGCCAAAGACCCGGGAUCGUUGGAAAGAUUUGCCAGCGGCAGCGGAGACGGUGUUGUAAAAGUAUGGGAUUUGACCAGCCGUGAAGAGGUGUGGAGUUCUAGAGCUCAUGAAAAUGUUGUCAGAGGACUGUGUUGGACCCCGGAGCGAAAGUUGCUGUCUUGCGCCACGGACAAAACCGUCAAACUAUGGGAUCCGUAUAAUGGGGAGCAGAAUGGGCCUCCCCUGGCAACAUAUCUGGGACAAGGGGCAUUUACCGAUAUUUCCCAUCACCGCGAUCAUCCCUCGUUCGCCGUUUCUUCGAGUUUAAUAUCUAUCUACGACCUAUCGAGACCUUCGUCAGGACCCAGUCAAGUGCUGCGAUGGCCUACUUCUACCGACACCAUCACCGCCGUGUCUUUCAACCAAACCGAAACCUCAAUAAUCGCUUCCGCUGCCCUGGAUAGGGCAAUUGUACUUCAUGACCUUCGAACCGCCUCGCCUCUGUCAAAAGUGGUCCUCCGACUCGCAUCCAAUGCAAUAUCCUGGAAUCCGAUGGAAGCAUUCAACUUUGCUGUGGCAAACGAGGACCAUAAUAUCUACAUAUUCGAUAUGCGGAAAUUGGAUAGAGCUCUGAAUGUCCUCAAGGACCACGUGGCCGCAGUCAUGGAUGUUGAAUUCAGUCCGACAGGAGAAGAGUUGGUGAGUGCGUCAUAUGAUCGUACCGUCCGGUUUUGGAACCGAGACCGAGGGCAUUCCAGAGACGUUUACCACACUAAACGAAUGCAACGAGUAUUUUCAGCGCGAUUCACCCCGGACAACAACUAUGUUCUGUCGGGGUCAGACGAUGGGAAUGUCAGACUAUGGCGCGUCCAUGCCUCGAGUCGUAGUGGCAUCAAGUCUGCAAGACAGAGACAAAAACUGGAAUAUGACCAAGCUUUAGUGCGGAGAUAUGCCCAUAUGCCCGAGAUCCGACGAAUUAAACGACACCGACAUCUGCCUAAAACCAUCAAGAAGGCCGCAGAGAUCAAAGCAGAAGAACUCAAAUCAAUCAAGAGGAAAGAAGAAAACGUGCGAAAACACAGUAAGAAAGGGAGCAUGCCGCGUCAUAGCGAGAGAGAAAAGAUGGUCCUUGGGACUGAGAAGUGA